AUGAGGGUUGAAAAUCAACCUCGUCAAUACAUCAACCUGAUGAAGCUGAUAGAUGCGAUACUGAUCUGGAGGGGACUUCUGACUGAAAAUCAAAAAUUAAGAAAUCGUAACGCCGAGCUCAAACGCAAGAUCGAACUGCUUACGGCUCGAGUUAUGCAGAUCGACACUACUGUGGCACCACUUGAUAACGCAGAAUACGAUUCCGACUGCUCAACAGAAGUCCUGUCGUCCGGAUAUCCUGAUACUGGUAUACAUAUAAAAUGUUUUAUACAUGUUUUUCGUUAA